AUCAGCAAUUAAUUAAAUAUUGUGAAAAAUGGAGACAGAUACUGAUACCCACUAUGCCUCAGUGAACACUGACAUGACAAAGCCUUUAUUAAAGACAGAUAAUAGCUUGAGAGAGCUCGGAGAGAAUGAAGUUCUUGUAAAAAUACACUCUGCUCCUAUCAAUCCAAGUGAUACUUAUAAUGCAAGAGGAGUUUAUGGUAUGCUUGGGGGAAGUACUGAUGGGCACGGUAUUGGAUUUGACGGUGCUGGAGAAGUCCUCAAAGUUGGAAAAGGAGUUGAUGAAGGGCUUGUAGGCAAGAGAGUUGCUGUAGGUCAGCUUCCUUUUACUCCUGGUUAUGAAGGAUCUUGGAGACAGUAUCUAAUUACUUUGAAAGACAAUUUGAUGAUCUAUCCUGAUGAUGCUGACUUUGAUAAGAUAUGUAGCAGCUUUGUUAAUCCUAUUACUGUAUGUACAUUCUUGCACCACAUUGAGAAGAAUAAGUAUAAGGCAAUUAUUCAAACUGCUGCAUCAUCCAGCUUGGGAAAAAUGCUCCACAGACUUUGCCUUGACAAAGAUGUUAAAAUAAUUAAUAUUGUAAGGAAAGAUGAGCAAGUUAAAGCUCUAGAAGAUCUUGGCUCAACUCAUACUGUAAACUCAAACAGUGAAACUUUCAAGGAGGAUCUUGCAAAGGCUAUUGAAGAGCUGCAGCCAACAGCCUUGUUCGACCCUGUAGGUGGAGAACUUUCAAAAACUAUCCUAAUGUCAAUGCCUACAUUCUCAACUCUUUAUAUCUACGGUAGUUUAGAUACAACAGGAACCUUUACUUAUAACAACAGAGAGUUGUUGUCCAAAAGAGCUACCCUGAUGACUGUAUUUGCCACAGACCUUGCCAAAUUCUGUACUCCAGAGGAGCUUCAGUCUUACUAUGAACUGGUCUCCAAAGAUAUUUAUGAAGGUGGAAAGAUCUUUGGGACUGAAGUAGUAUCCACUCAUCCUCUAUCUGACUUCGAGAAGGCUAUUGCUGAAAGAGAAGCAAGUGCUAGCCAAGGAAAGAUCAUUCUAAAACCAUGGGAAUAA